UUCAGCCCAAGGCAAUUAUGAAUCAUUUACCCCCCUUGCAAGUUUUUCUAUUAGGAAUUUCUUUAAAAACAAAAAUCAACUCUAAAACUGGAUAUUGGACUUUAAAUAAGUAUCUCAACGUAUAGAGGAAUUCCUCUUUAACGUCACACUAAUAAAAUUAAAAAUAAAUCCACAAAAUAUCAAUCUUUCUAUCUGAAAUAUUCCUUUUUUAUUUUUUUUAAAUUUCCAAGAAUAAACAUUAAAAUUCUAACUUUCCCACUAUUCUACUCACAAUAUUUUACGAUUCUUGGGAAUUUCCUUAUUGCAUUAUAAGAAUCUCUUUUUGUUUCUCUACAAAAUCUAAAGCAUAUUUUCCCAAAAGUAUAAUCUGAAUGUUUAAAUAAAUAGCUGAUAUCUUGCGGAAUGUGGGGAAAUUCAUAUAUCGAUAUGACCUUUAAAUUUUGGAAAGAAAAGGUAAAUAUUAGGUAGGUUGUUUGAUGAAAAUAAAAAAAAAAAAGCCACGAGUAUAGUAAAUUCCAAUUUUUACGGCAAACAAGCAUCACUCUUUCCUGUGAUACCACAAAAAAUGUUCAAUUCCAAUGAAUAUUUCAUUUAUUAACUUGAUGUGCUUUUGGUGGAAAAAAAAUAUGUCGAGAAUUUUUAUCAAAUGAGAAAAUCCACUGAAGGCACUUCUCUGGGUGACGGACAGAUGAAAAAAAAGCAUCUAAUCUCAUUUAUUCAACUGGUUCGCGGUUGUAUCAUUGGAAAAUUGAUCUGUUUAGCAUAUAAACUAUAUGGCAAUAUGAUUUUGUGGCGUAUUUAAUCUAAGAACUAGGGAAUUUCCAGCUCUGACUCAUUGGAAGUAUGUUUGAAUAGCUAUAUACAAUGCCUCAAACUGGAAAAGUUCAACAAGGGACCUCUUCAUAUCCCCAUGAGAGGGAUAUCAAGUGACCAUAUAGAGAGAAUAUUGACCUCCUAUGUGUGCUAGCUGGGGGCAUACCUUCGGGAAUAUUUUUCAAACUUUGCGUGGCAAACGAUCGGACAUAAAUGAAGGAGACAAUAUAAGCAACAUGCAUGCUCAUAGCAUAUGGGAUAACCCUCCUGCAACAUCCUCCCCAUAUGUCGUGUACUCUUUGCGUCCACAAGCACCGACACGCGGGGUAAGGAGACCCACCGCAGCAGUGGAGGAGUUUGCGGUGAGAUUGUCGUGGAUUCCACAAGAGCAGAGAGACACGCUCAAGACCCCCACCAUUCCUACACAUAGCUCUGGCGGUGUGAGGUGCGUAUAAAAGGCAGCUGGAGAAUUAGAAUCUCGUUCAUACUGCUUCCACCAACCGACAAUAAUAAUUCAAGUCUUCACGGCAUUUCUUUUAGUAUUUUACCCCCAACUAAUCCAACUGAUUUGUGCAGUUCUUGCUAAAAGAUAAAUCAAUUUGUGGUGAAGUUUUUUUUUGAAUCAAGUGCUACCCUUUCAGUGUGUCUUCAGGAAGAAAUAAAAUGCAGCGAAAAGUCUUUCUUCUCCUGGCCCUGUGUGCCCUCGCAUAUGCCCGACCCACGGAAAAUGAUGUUUCUGCCGUCAAGGAAGCUCCCGUCGUUGCUGCCAAGGAUGUUCCAGCAGCACAAGUGGAUGACUCCAAGUCCGUUUCAGAUGAGACAGUUGAAGUAGCCAAGGCACUGCCAGUGGCGGAGAAGCCAGCAUCACCAGCAGCUGAAGCAGCUCCUGCGAGUGCUGAUGUGUCCAAAAGCUCCGAGGAACGAAAAGUUCCCGUGAGCGAAGAAUCCAAGGAGAAUUCCAAAUCUGAGGAGGAUCUACCCAAACCAGAGGAACCCAAAGCACUCCCAGCUGCUGGUGAAUCCGCCAAACCUGCCCUAGCACCGGAAGAGAAAAAAAUCGAGAGUGAUCUGAAGAAGAAUGAUGCUGAAGCUGCUGCACCAGAACCCGCAAAGGCUGAACCCCUUGCUGAUGAUGCUGUGCGACAGGUGAGGGAUACCGUUGAGCCAAAGGAGGCCGCCAAGGAGCCCGAGAAGAAGCCAGAGGAAGAAAAGAAGGUCGCCGUGGAGGAGAAGAAACUCCCAGAGGAAAAGAAAGAGGCUGAUAAGCCAGUAGCUGCUGCUGCUGCUGAAGCUGAGGCUCCCAAGAAUUUCCAAGGUGAUGAGGCUAAGCGAAAUCUCGAUGAGAAGAAACCCGCCCUGCCUGAGAAACCCGCCGCCCCUGCUGCACCUGCCCAGGAAUCUUCUUCUGCCCCAGCUGCUCCAGCCCCACCAGCACCACCAGCAGUACCCGCUGUCCCACAACCCCCACCAACUUCAGAUAGCCAAGAAUCCGCUGAGAACCCCAACUCCCAGGAGAGUCAGGAAUCCAAUGAGUCUGAGUAGAGUGGAUCACCACUUCAUAUAAAUCUCAAAUAAUUUUCCCGCGCAAAUAGCUCGUAGCAAUGUCCUGCCCCUCCCUCCAGAAUCCCCAUCCUAAAGUAUUCCCUCCCCUACCCCCCUUUACGAUUUUAUUUUAUUAAUAUAAUUCUUUAUUUUGUAAUUGUAAUGCAAUUAACGAUUACGAGUCAUUUUUUACGUCAAUCAAAUUAUUUUGAGUUGGCACGAGAUGAGAAAGAAAAAAUAAAUAAAAUAAAAUAAAAAAAUCCCCAAGAUAAGGUAAAAUCAACAUCCUAUAGAUUUUAACUAUAAGUCUAUGUUGAGAAAAGAAUGUCCAGUGGAAAAGUGAAAAGUAAUGCAGGAUACUUCCACUGAAUUUCAUAUGAAUGUUCUAUGACAGUCGUCAAUUUUCAUUGUGGAAGUAUGGAAAAUCAAAAUGAUUUAGAAGAGAAGAUAAUUUGUAAUUCUCCUUAUUAUUUAGUUUAAAAAAAAGAAGAAAAAACAAUAAAGAUAGAAUUUACAAGAA